AUGAGCCCUGCGAUUAAGCUCGAAGGAGACGAAAUUCUCGACGAAUUCCCGAUCUUCCCGGGCUUCUUUGACCAUGAACCAGAUCAAGAUGUCCAAGAAGAAUUCUCUCUGGGAGCCGACUCAAUGUCGCUGAAGGGCCAAGUGUGGCCAGGAAUGGGGAAAAUGGAUCUUGCCGACGACGAGAUGAGGCGGACUCGGAACCAAAAGAAGCCGAAGUCCGUAAUCGACAGAAUGAAGAGGGCUUCGGAGCGUAUCGAACCUACCCAAGUCAUCAUGACAUCUGAACUAGAAGUUGAAAGGACGAAGGACGUGUAUGAUGAUGCUUCCUCUCCUGCUCCUGGCCAGGAAGAAUCAACACCACCACGAAAAGCUCCAAAAACGAAGCGCAAAAAGGCCACACCUCUUGCUGAAAUCUCGGCCAACGCUCCCAAGCAACGCCGUAGUACUGCUCGUGGCCCAAAACCUGGUACGGGAAAGAACGCAAACCCUACAAAGAAAAAAACCCGAGAGAAAGAACCCAAGACAUAUCCCCCACCAGAAAAAUCGCAAGAUAUCCACGAUGUUUUUAGUGAUGAAAAGGACCGGCCAGAUUCGACCUUCGCACGAAGCACGGGGCUCGAAGCAUUGACAACUUUCUUCAUUCAAAUCUUGUUUCUCCCACGCCACAUCCAAGAGAUCUAG